AGUAAAUCUUCAAUAAUGACCAUCGUGGAUGAAAAUUACAUACCUCAGAAUAAACAAGAUUUAUAUGAUGCUAUUCUCAAUACAUUGUUUCCAAUCCUUUUAAUAAAAUUUCUUGAUCUUAGUUGGAAUAAAAAUGAAAAGAAGAUGAAAAGAACAUUUGAUAAACGUAAAGAAAAUGAUGCAAAAAUAAUUGAUGCGGUACAAGGUAUCCGGAAAGCUGCAAAUGAAGAUGUGCUAAAAGAUGAAUACGAAAAAAGUUUGAAUAUUUCUGAGGCAAAUAAACUAAUACUUAAACGUGAACUCAUCAAAUUAAUUCCUAAUACUAUAGAGGAUGGUGAUGAUGAUGAAGAAUUGGCAAAUCUGGAAAUAGAAUUAAAAAGGUGUAAAAAAGAAAUUUCAGAUAAUGAAGAAAUUUUAGAUAAAAAAGAAAUUUUGGACGUAUUAGACGAAAUUUUAAAAGAAAUUGAAGAAGAAAGGGAAGAAUAUUUUAAGAUAAGUCGGGUGUCAACAUUUAGGGCAAUAGCAUUGCCAUUAUUUGAUGAUGCUUUAUACAAUAUUGUUACUUGGACGAUUCCAUUAAUAGUUGCCUUUGCCUAUGAUGAUCUCUUAA